AUGCCAGAGCACAUACAAGUUUACUGGCAUGGAGUCGGAGGGGCUACAAUUAUGCACCUAGACAAACCCAAGUCUAUCUGGACAGAUGCUCAUCUUGUCAGUGAUAUGUGUAUGCCUAAGGCAACGCCAUCCACUGCCAAGACCGGUAAGCGGAAUGCUUCUUCACCGCCAGAGGUGCCCCAAUCCAGGAUUGCAAAGCUGAUGGCAGAUGCCCUUAGUAAAGAUGAGGCAGUACUGAAAGAAAUUAGCCAACACAUCCUCAAGAAGAGUGAUGGGACAUCAAACCAGGCGCCUGGAGCGGAACGGACGAGUGACGACGAACAGCCGUCUGAGCAAUCAAUUGAAGAGGAUUUGACAUCGGUGACCACAGACAACAACGAAGGUUCAACAAGCACGGGAAGCAGAACCAUACCUCGACCCACAGCCCUUACCUAUCCCUCUGGAUCUUUCUCCCCUAACCUUGCUGAAUACAGCCCGCUUGAAAAUGGGUCAUCAUUCCACGAUCAUUAUGAUCAUAAAUUCCAUGAACACUCCAAUAAUACUGAUGAUCAUGACCAUGAUCACCAUAAUCAUAAACAGAGUGAUCAUGAACUGCAUGAGGGCCAUGAAUAUUGUCUGGAGGCAAGCACAAUGUUAAGUCUGAUCAGCACUGACCCCGAAGGUGGUAUCAAAGGAGAGUUUUUUAAGGAUCUCUGUCCGUUGCUCAUCUCCCAGAUUGAAACUGACGCCUGUCACAUGCUGCACAAUGAUGACGGGCAUCAGUACCACGAAAAGGGCAAUGACGAUCAUAACCACGAUCAUAAUCACGAGGGUCAUAAUCACGACGAAGAUCACAAUCAUGGGGAGUCUUUGGCACCUUCUGUAUCGUUGGCACAAAUACCAGCCAAAGUGUGGGGAUUCAGCUGCAUUGCCGUGGUGAUCAUAUCGCUGGUGGGGCUGCUAGGGGUGGCGGUGAUCCCUGUCAUGCAGAAGGUCUUCUACAACCACCUGCUACAGAUACUGGUGGCCCUUGCUGUAGGGGCCCUGGCAGGGGACGCCCUUCUGCACUUGCUGCCUCAUGCCAUGGCUGGUGGUCAUGAAGGUGAAAAAGGCCAUGACCAUAGUAGCCAUGGUAACGUUGAGUCACGUGCCCAUGACCUGGGCCCCAUCUACAAGGGGCUGUGUGGACUGCUGGGCAUCUUCUUCUUCUUCAUCAUUGAAAGGGUGUUCACCAUUGUGACUGAAACUAAACGGAAGAAGCAAAAGAGAGAGUAUAUGAAGGUGCCAAAAGACGAUGAGGAACAUGUUGGCGAGCGAGUGGCCACCACAGAUAUGUGUGAUGCCAUGUUGAUCAGCAUUCAACCCAAAAGUGGCUACAAAGACGACGCCGACAGUGAACACUGUCGGAUCAGCUUCGAGAACUCACCGUCGGUCACCCAUGAGCACACGGUUACAGAGCACAACCUCACGGAGAGAGAGACCAACGUGGAUGGCGACGAGAAUGCGACAAUCAUCCACGACGGAAACGACGCUUACAAACAUUCCGACGGACAUGGGCACUCGCAUGUUGCUAAUGGUAUUCCUACAUCGGUGACAGCAGUGGCCAUGAUGGUGAUUAUGGGCGAUGGCGUCCACAAUUUCUGCGACGGUCUUGCUAUCGGUGCCGCCUUUGCCAGCAGCAUUGCUGGAGGCUUCAGUACCACCAUAGCCGUGUUCUGUCAUGAGCUGCCGCAUGAGAUUGGAGACUUUGCCAUGCUGCUGCGUGCAGGCAUGUCAGUGAAGCAGGCUGUGUUCUACAACUGUGUGUCGUCCAUCUUGUGCUUCAUCGGCAUGGUGGUAGGGGUCGCCAUAGGCAACAUAGAGGGUGCUAGUAUGUGGAUCUUCACUGUGGUCGCUGGAAUGUUCCUCUACAUUUCCCUUGUUGACAUGCUUCCCGAGGUGUCGUCAGUUGAAAAUAAGAAGGGUGAGAACCCAUUCUUCAACCUGCUGUUGCAGUUCCUGGGCAUGUUUCUUGGAGGCGGAAUCAUGUUCGUGAUCGCUAUCUAUGAAGACGAUCUCAAAACGUUGCUGGAAUGA